UGUUACUUGGUUGCGAGAGCAACCAUUUUUUUCAACCAGUAAAAGAAAAGGAAGGAUCCACCCAGCGCACGUAUAUAUUUUAUAUAUCGCACGUGCUGCAAACGAGCUAUUCCAAGUAGGACUGUAGAUUUUACGAGUACGGUACCAAAGAUAUUCUGGCGCCUCAAAGAGAUGAAAUGGAGCGCAUACGCGCUUUGUCCCCGCGUCGUUGAUUCCAAUCGAUCUCUCGCACAUGCUCCAAUCGCAUUAUUGCACGAGGAUGAAAAUUUGGAAAAAUGCUGGACGUGGUUUAACGAGGAGCGAGAAGAAUGUGAAGAGCUCGAGGGAAAUCCCUCCUUCCCUCCCCGUUGCCGUCUAGCGUCGACGGCGACAACGACAUUAACAGGCUCCGAUAUCGGAUAACGUGGAUGUGAGAGGAUGUGGACGAGCGCGAACGUUCGCGCAGACUCGGCCGUCUUCGUCCUCCCGGCGGGGUAUCCGCAAAGAGAAAUAAAGAAAGGAAGGCGAAGCGAGAAGCGCGCGCGAGCCCCGUGCAAAAAUCAUUAAAACGCGUGCUCGUUUCGCGACUGCGGCCCACGCGUUGAUUCCGGCCCGCCGUGAUUUAUUAGCGAGAGGGCUAGCGCGCGCGCGCGCGCGCGCUCCAGGCAGGCUCCCUGCUCAACGUCUCACCCUGAGGUGAGAAUCCCUCAUGUACAGCCAGCACGGGCUUUGGGACGGUUUCGGCAGCAGCGGUGCCAGUGGCACGCGCGCCGGUAUGGAGUGGACCCGCGACAAGACCCUCGAGCUGCUACGCGAGUAUCAACAGCGACGCGUCCUCUGGGACUGGAACGCCCGAGGCUAUCGGGACCGUGCGAAGCGCAAGCGAGCCAUCCAGGAGUUGGCCGAAAUUCUCUCCUGCAACACUCUCGAGGUCGAGAAGAAGAUCACCAAUCUCAAAUGCCAAUACUCUCGGGAGGUGCACAAGAUACAAAACAGCCGCGAAGCUGCCACCGGUCCGGACGACGUGUACGUCUCCAAGUGGUUCGCCUUCAAAGCCAUGCAGUUCCUACAAUUCGGCACGCGUAGAUACAGCAAACGGAAGAAGAAAGUUGAAGAGGAACCGAAACUACAAGAAGAGUAUCUCGUGAGCGACAUCGAUCCAGAAAGUAUAACAUUCAUGAAUUGCAACGAAGAGACAAACGGCUCCGGUAGCGGUUCCUUCAACGCUUCGCUGAGCGAGGACGCCGAAGAGUCCUCGUCGUCCAGUCUGAAGGCAAUGGAGCUGUACAAUGGUUCUUUGCCGAGCCAGCACAGUUCACCGGCCGAUCUCGACGAAUCCGGACAGAUGAAACUUGAAGCUCGCGCACCGGACGCGAAAGAGCGAAAAAGAACCAAGGAGGAGUUUGCCAAGUUUGGCGAGAGUAUCGCCGUGCAGCUCGCCGAAAUCCCAGACUCGUACUCGAGGUCGGUCGCCAAACUCAGGAUCAACCAAAUCCUCUUCGAGGCAGAGAUCGGAAUUUACGCGCAAACGCAUCGCUAAUGACGCUAUCUAUCGAGU